AUGGAUGUGCAAGAUGAUGAAGAGGAAUUCGGGGCUGCGAUCACUAUUGGUUCUGAAACCACUGAAGCGGAGAGAGAAUUUGAAAGGGUCCUAGAGCAGAUGCGUGAGGCCGAUGGUCUAAAAUUAUACGCGGAUGUGUACACAAAACUUUACGACUCAUAUUACAAAAUGAAAGAGGAAAACGUUACUCAUCAGGAGAAAAUUACUGACCUCAAGGCGAAUCUCUCACGUUACGAUUCAAUAGUGACAGAAUAUUUGAGUGAAAUAUCCGAAAAUACUAGAACUAUUGAUAAACUGAGAGGAGAAAUAGAGGAUGCCCGAGCUCUAGCAGACGCAAUGCAUGCAAGAGAGCUCGCGAGCGUGGAAAGUUUGGAAACUAUGAAAAAAACGGUAACAAGACUCGAGAAAGAACUAGAUGCUAGGAAAAGGGCAGGAGAUGAUGACGCAGGCGCAACAUCAGCCGUAAAGGAAAAAGAGAAGUUUGAAAAAGAAAAAGCUCGACUUCAAGGCGAAUUGGAUGGAGUCAAGCAACGACUCACAAAUGCUCUGAACUAUGUCGAGGAGUUAGAACAGAAGAAUACCACCGCUGAAGAGAGUAUCGCUAAAUUAGAGGAACAACUUGAGGAAGCAGACAACAAUGCGGUCCGGCAGAAUCGUUUGGUCGAUCAUCUGAAGGGAGAGAGUGCGACAUUGAAGACCGAGGUGGAGAAUAGAGGAAACACUAUUGCUGGAAUUAAUGAUAAACUAUCGAAAGCAGAAAAAACGUUAGAUCGUCGCGACCGUCAACUAAGAGAUAUGGGGAACAAGUUGGAAACAGCCCAACAAGAGCAAGAGGCCGCUUCAGCGAAAGCCGCUCAAUUGAGGGAUCAACUCGAUUCUACAAAAGCAGAGUUUGAUAAGACAAAGCAAACACUCGUUAACACGAGUAAGGAGUUGAAGAACAUGAUAGACGACGGCAACAGAUUGCGUAACGAAGUGUCGAAAUUAACGAAGCAAGCUGUGCAGCAGAUGAAGCGCUACCAGCUGCUAGAGCAGGCUAAAGCUGGAGUGGAGUCUGAUCGUGAAAAUCUCCGACAGCAAGUGUCAGUGAUGGAGAGGGAGAUAAUGUUGAACAAAAAGCAAGCGGAAGCCGACAAGAGAGAGAUUGAGAACUUGAAUAGGGAGAAGGACAUACUGAACAAGAACAUGCAGAAGAUACAAAACGAGGCCAUGGAAAAUCUACAAAUAAUAAAUCGUCAAGAACAAAGAAGAAAGCAACUCGAACACGAGCUAGACACCAGCGCCUCUCAGAUCAACAAGCAACGCUUGGUGAUACGACAGUUAGAGAAAGAUAAAGACAGGAUGCUUGAAGAAACAAUUGCAUUGAAUGAAAAGAUAGACGAUAUUUCAGAGGAAGUUCGUUUAAGAACAGCAGAUAUUUUGGAUUUAAAGAAAGCGCUUCGAGAGGAGUCCAUUAAGGGCCGAAAGCUAUCAGUGGCAUUAGAUGCGACGCGAGCUGAAAGGAAUAUGCUCCACAAAAACUAUACUGAGGCCCUUGAUGAGAUACAGGAUUUGAAACAGAAACUAAAGAUGUUAGCCUACCAAAUCGAGCAGCUAAAAGAGGAUAUAAACAGCAAAGAGACGGGUCUGAAGUCGUGUGAGGGAACUUUAAUGAAAUGUAAUAAGAAGAAUGAACAACUAAGAACUGAAGUUCAAGCGGGAUUGACGAAAUUGUCUGAGGCGAAGGCAGACAUAGCCGCCCUGAGGCAAGAGGAAGCAAGGCUUAAUAGGAUUGUUCAAGAAGGAGACACAGCACGAGCUAAGCUAUUGAAAGAGUUGGAAGGGCUGAUCAACGAGCGUGACGUAGUUGGUGCACAGUUAGUGAGGAGAAACGAUGAAAUAUCGCUGCUGUAUGAAAAAAUACGUAUUUUGGAAGUGACAUUGCAUAGAGGUGAACGUCAAUAUGAACAAAGGGUGGAAGAUAUUCGCUUACUGCGGCUAGAGAUCAUUCGACUGCGAAAAGAGAAAAAUCUUCUCUCCAAGGGCAUCGAAAACAUGACUGACUUAAGACUUGAGGUAUUCAACUUAGAAAGAGAGCUGGGGCGCGAAAGACUCCGUGUCCGAGCGCUAGAAGAGGCGUUAGAGACCCCUCUCAAUGUGCAUCGCUGGAGAAAGCUACAGGGGACUGAUCCUGAAAGUGUUCAUCUUACACAAAAACUGAGAUUAACACAGAAAAAGGUGCUUGCUCAAAGCGAAAUGUUAGUGUUGAAAGACCGCGAGCUAAAAGAGACGAGGAACUUAUACAGCGCCGUUAAAGAUAUGCUCGCGCUGCAGCCGAGUCCUGAGAUACAGCAAACACUAAACAGAACGCAACGAGCUCUGGCACAAAGAACAACUAAAAUGAAAUGUUUGAUUGCAGAGUUAAGUAUGCGUGAACGUCAAGUGACAGAUCUUCGUUUAGAAUUGGACAGAGUGAACAAUGAGUUGCAUUCUGCGAAGCAGAGGUACUUUGAAAUGAAACGCGCCCUCGACGCGGAUGAAGCGAGGCGGUUGAAAGUGGCCACGCCAGCCACUCCUGACCAUAAAUUGAUU